AUGAUCGCCCAGAUCAGGGCAGGAUUAUGGGUCCGCAACGGCUUCCCUAUCCACCUGCUCAUCCUCCAGUCAUCUCUCAUCAUCCUCGAUCCCAAUACCAUCAUUGUCUCUAUCCUCAACCGUUUCGGCCUCCUGUCAUUUUUCUGCGGUGAAGUCGAGAACCGUCCUUAUGAGGGCGUCCAUCUUCUGAGCAUGGUCGAGGAGCUUCUCUACGUCCUCAUGACUAUUCUUGGCGAGAGAGCCAGCGCCACCAAGUUCCCGUUCCAACGUGCCAUCCGCCACCUCGAGUGCAUCCUCAAGGAUGUACUAUCUCACUUCCACGCACCUGGGUCGACACUCACAACGGCAUAUUAUCCUGCUAAUAAAUGGCAUCCGCUCGCACAUCAUGAAGUAAAUCCUCAAGCAUCUACACAACUCUUGGUUCUCCAGGGUGAGGAAAACGAUCCCAUCGUUCGCCUUCACGCGGACUUCGGGACAAUCUUUGUAGCGAACCCAUAUCGGGCUGGACCUCUAUCGCUUGGGUCGUCAGCAUUGGAUCAUCCCUUGUCACGGUCCUUUGGAUCGUGGUCUACUCGUUCCUUCCAGUCAACACCUUCUCUAACACAGAUGCAUUUAUAGACGAGGU